AUGUUCUCCCGCACCUCCUCCUUGACCGUCUUGAGCAGAAGCUGCCGCUAUCUCCUCCGCCCUCACAAUAACAUCCAGCGGGCCUCGUUUUCCCUCACCGCGCGCUCUCACGCCGCCAUCAACGCCGCUAUGGCCGACACAUCUGGAAUCACCGCAGACUCGCUGAAGAACAAGUUGACUGAAGUGCUGCAGGCGCAGCAUGUGGAGGUUGAGGAUCUAUCGGGCGGCUGUGGACAGGCAUUCCAGGCUGUGAUUGUUUCCCCUCAAUUCGAGAGCAAGACUAUGCUUGCACGACACCGACUCGUCAACUCCGCACUCAAGGCCGAGAUCGCUGCUAUUCAUGCUUGGACACCCAAGUGCUAUACCCCCGAGCAGUGGCAGGCUCUGCAACAGUAA